GAUUAUUUGGAUCUAGGGUUGUGAUGGAUUAGGGCUUAUGCGCGUGAGCGAGCGAGUGCUGGAUGAGGAAGAGGAGGCGCUGGAGCAGCGGCGGCAGCGCAGCAUCAGACAGGAUGGAGCUGCCAGAGUGUGAGCUGAGGAGGAAUGUGUGAAAAUGGUAGACGGCGAUGAAUCGAGCGAGGAGAGCGAGGGAGGGGCAGCGGCAGCCGCGGCGUAGCGAUUGCUCGCCGCAAUCUCAGAGGAGCGGCCACAUUCUCGGCGCUGGAGCAUCGAUUCCGGCGAUAAUAUGAAGAACUUCCUGCGUAAGUUCCACUUAGUAGGGAGUAGUAGCGUAGAGAGUGGGAGAUCUUCGCAGCAGCAGGAAUCAGCGCCAUCGCCGUCGGGUUCCACUUUGUCGAGCAUUUCCGACUGGAUUUCGUCUCUCACCUCCAGACCAUCCACCGCCUCGAGUGAUACUUCGUCUCACCACGGGGGAGGAGGAAGUGGUGCUAGAGCGCGGGUGGAAGGCACCACAGCUCCUGCCAGAGUGAGCACCACCAACGAUUCCUCGUCAGUAACGCCAUCGUCACAAGCUGGGAAAACGUUUUCAUCGUAUGGAUCUCUCGAGGAGGAGUAUCAGGUCCAGCUCGCCAUAGCUCUCAGCGUCAACCAGCCAGUUGAUCCAGAGGUCGCGGAGAUCGAAGCUGUGAAAAGAAUCAGCCUUGGUUUGUGUCCCGAGCGUUCUACGACUUCACAGGCGGACAUGGCUACAUACCGGUAUUGGGCAUACAAUGCUCUGUCCUACGAUGACAGUGUGGUGGACGGGUUCUAUGACGUAUACGGUGUGGCGUGUGAUCCAGUUUAUCCCACGAAGAUGCCAUCUCUUGUGGAUUUGCAAAUGAAGCCUCUGUCCGAUGCUGCAAGCUGGGAAGUUGUUCUCGUCAACAGAUUAACAGACAGCGAGCUCGCGAACCUGGAAAAGAGUGCUGCUCGCACUCGAGCUCAGUGCACGGGGGGUCCGAGUGCUUUGGCGCAAAAGAUUGCUGUUUUGGUGGCUGAGCAAAUGGGAGGGGCUGUCGAGAACGACGUCGACAUGAUCUCUGUUUGGAGGACUACAAGCUGGGAGUUGAGGACUUCUCUCAAGAGCAACAUAUUACCUCUAGGCUAUCUUCAGAUUGGCUUGGCUAGACAUCGAGCUCUACUAUUCAAGGUUUUGGCUGACUCUGUUGGUAUUCCCUGUCGACUCGUGAAAGGAAAGCACUAUACUGGAGUGGACGAGGGAGCUGUGAAUAUUAUUAAGGACGCUGAUAGCAGGGAGUAUAUUAUCGAUCUCAUGGGUGCUCCUGGGGCGCUUAUACCUUCAGACGGUCCUGCGAGCGAGAAGAACGUUCCGCUGAACCACGACACACACCUUGGGCAAAGGCACCACAGUGAGCCCGCUGAUUUCGAGAAUGCUCUUGCGGGCGCUGGCGCUGGCGCUGAGCGUCGUCCUGGGCCUUCUCACGGAAGAUCACCCUCCUGGACAGAAGGCAUUGGAGCACCCGGGGCUCGUCAAACGAAAGCCAAAGACAUGUCACAAUACAUGAUCGAGGCGGCCAAGGAGAAUCCCGGACUUGCACAAAAGCUACAAGACGUUUUACUGGAGAGCGGGAUAGUUGCACCUCCAGAGUUCCUAGCGGAGUUAUCCCCUACGGAACCACAGCAGAGGUCUACUGAUGCGCGGCCGGAUCUGAGGAGGCCCAGUCGAGUCGCGAGAGUUAAAGAGCGAGGAAAACCUCCUCUUUUAACUAAAUCGCCUGCUGCAAGACCAGAUGAUGCGGCUGCAAAGGAUAGAUUACAACGCUUGAAGUCUGUGGAGGGUCUAGGAGACAGGCGACCGCUCGAGUGCCCGAUGCCUUAUUAUCAGGCCCAAGCAGCAGCACCAACGGUGUUGACGCCGGUUCACGAGAAUAGCUUUCCGGCAAACUUGAUAAAGAACUCACCAGUUGCUGCUUCAGCUAUAACAGCAGCUGUUGUAGCCUCGUCGAUGGUGGUGGCCGCAGCCAAGACGGACAUCGGUGAUGGUUCGUUGGAAGUUCCGAUCACUGCUGCAGCUACAGCAACCGCUGCUGUAGUCGCUGCUACGUCGGCUGCAGUGGUGCUCAAGUCAGAAAGUGGAUCAGGGAAUUCUGAUAAAGGUGGAAGUGGGGACAGCAAAACCAGGACAGAGGAAUCAGGAAGUCACAGUGGUUCAAAGAAGAAAAACAAUUCCAGAGAAUCUGAAGGUGAUGCGGGCGACUUGGAAAAUGGUCGAACAGGAAUCAGCAAAUCCGACUCGAUCCUUGAUGUUGCGGAGUGGGAGAUUCCGUGGGGAGAGUUGCGUGUUGGCGAUCGUAUAGGUCUUGGGUCCUAUGGAGAAGUGUACCGCGGAGAGUGGCAUGGAACUGAAGUUGCCAUCAAGAAGUUUUUGAACCAGGAUAUCUCCGGCGAUGCCUUGGAAGAAUUUAUUACUGAGGUUCGAUUGAUGAGAAGAAUGCGGCAUCCAAAUGUGGUUCUCUUCAUGGGUGCCGUAACCAGGCCGCCAAAUCUGUCGAUUGUAACAGAGUUUCUUCCAAGAGGGAGCUUGUUUAAGCUGAUUCACCGGCCUUCAAACCAGGUUGACGAGAGAAGAAGGCUGAGAAUGGCUCUCGACGUGGCCAAGGGUAUGAACUAUUUGCACUCUAGUACCCCGAUGAUAGUUCACAGGGACUUGAAAUCUCCGAACUUGUUAGUCGAUAAAAACUGGGUUGUGAAGGUUUGCGACUUUGGAUUGUCUCGAAUGAAACAUCACACUUUCUUGUCUUCGAAGUCACAGGCAGGCACGCCUGAAUGGAUGGCACCAGAAGUAUUAAGAAAUGAACCGUCUAACGAAAAAUCGGAUGUCUACAGCUUUGGAGUUAUCCUUUGGGAACUGGCUACUCUGCAACAGCCGUGGCAUGGAAUGAACUCAAUGCAAGUCGUCGGGGCUGUCGGUUUUCAAAACAGGAGGCUCGACAUCCCAGCGGACAUGGAUCCCGCCAUCGCAAAAAUCAUCCAGGAGUGCUGGGAAAACGAUCCUGCUCUUCGUCCAAGUUUUCAUGAAAUAAUGGAUUCCCUGCGGCCUUUCCAAAGACCUGUUAUCCCCUCGCAAGGGGAGGCAGGAGGAGGUAAGCAAAAGCAACCACGCAAGGCUUCGUAGGAACAAAAAAUGGCUGGGGCUCCGUUUACUAAUGUAUCUGUAAAGUACAGUAAUUUAUAGGUGGUCGAAGACGGAUUCUAGGAAGGAAGAAAAA